AUGGCGCUGAAUGCGCAAGCGUUGGAACGUUUAGGCGCACCCGGUAUCGACAUUAAUUUUGGUUGCCCUUCCAAAACCGUGAAUAAAAGUGACGGUGGCUCGGUAUUGCUACGUGAACCUGAACGUGUCCACGGCAUCAUUCGUGCCGUGUGCGAAGCCGUCAGCCCGCAUGUUCCUGUUACCGCCAAAAUCCGUCUCGGCUUCAAAGACAGCAGCUUAUUUGAAGACAUCGCGCUCGGUGUCGAAGCCGCAGGUGCAACCGAACUUUGCAUCCACGCCCGCACCAAGCAGCACGGUUACCUGCCCCCCGCCUAUUGGGCAGAAAUCGGUAAGGUGAAACCUAAGCUUAGUAUUCCGGUGAUUGCCAACGGUGAAAUUUGGUCAGCCGCGAAUGCCCGUCAAGCCCAAGUGGAAAGUGGUUGUACUGAUCUGAUGUUAGGUCGAGGUGCGUUGAGUUUCCCCGAUCUUGCGCGGGUUAUCCAUGCCCAACAUGUGGGCGAAGUGUAUACCCCCUUGCCUUGGUCAGCCGUGCUGCCGCUGGUACAGCAUUACGCUGAUCAGUUGGAAGAACGUGCGCCCAAAUACGCCACCAGUUUCAUCAAGCAAUGGUUUACUUACCUGCGUCGUCAAUACCCAGAAGCUGAAGCGCUUUUCCAGCACAUAAAACGUAUGAAACUGCCGGGUGAGAUCAAAGCGGCUAUCAUGGAAGAGUACCCCCCAUCCCCAACCCUUACCCCGCAAGGGGUGAAGGGAGCAUGA